AAACAAUGGCAUUGCUUGAAAAUAGUUGGAAAGAAGCAACUGAGGCAUUAGAUAAUAAUGUCUGUAACAUAUGGUUUAAUAAAUUAAAAAAAGCUCAUUCAGAAGAGAAAAGAACUUAUCAUAACUUAGAUUUGCUUUGUGAGAAGUUGAAUCAUUAUUAUGAGAUAAAAAAUAAUUUAAGGAACCCGAGAGCUUUACUUCUUGCAUUGUUUUUUCAAAACUUGGAGUAUGAUCCAAAAGUUAAAGAUGAAGAAAUUAAGAAUUUAGAACAUUUCAUUGUAUUUGCUGAAGAAGCUGGUAUUACCAUGUAUUCAGAAUUAAGAGAAGAAACAUGUGCUUUACUUAAGAUUGCUGCCACACAUAGUACAGAAGCUCAUAAAGUUGAAGGUUCAUUUGGUUGUCAAGAUGUUCAUUACUUUCUAGAUUUAGAUAUGGUUGUUUUAGGUUCUCUGCCUGAAAAUUAUGCAGAGUAUAGAGGAAAAAUUCGUGGAGAAUAUGCUUUUUUGAGUGAACCUAUAUACACUGCAUUGCGAUUAAAGGUGUUACAAAAUUUUGUACAAAUUCCCAAUAUUUUUGCAACAAAAGUGUUUCGAGAAAAAUUCGAAGCACAGGCACGAGAAAAUAUACAAGCUGAAAUAGAAUUAUUAUCUUAAACUUCUACAGAAAUCAAAAAAUAUGUUGAGUAUGCCAAAAUUCAAUGUUGUGAACAUUUUAUGGUCCAGGUAUAUUUUCAAUCAAAUUUAAGAU